AUGGAUGAUGGCACAAAGCCAGCCUAUUCCUAUGCGACACUCAUUGGCAUGAGCAUCUUGCGCGCACCAGAGCAGCGAUUGACCCUCAGUGCCAUCUAUGCAUGGAUUUCGCACACUUUCAGCUACUACUCUACCUCAGAAGCCGGCUGGCAAAACUCUAUUCGCCACAAUCUCAGUCUCAACAAGGCCUUCGUCAAGGUGGAGAGGCCAAAAGACGAACCUGGCAAGGGCCAUUACUGGACCAUUGAACCUGGCUGUGAGGACCAAUUCAAGAAGACGCGCGGUGGCAAGAAGGUGCUCAUCCCUAUUCCCAGGAGCAAUCCGGCCAUCACGCAAAAGGUCCUCUCCUCGAGCGCCCUCAAGAAGGAAAGC